AGGCACCGGCACCAAAGACCCGCACCAUACCGAUGCUGUGGUACACCGAUUAGGCUGGGGGUGAUUAGUCUAACCCGAACGGAAGUCAUGUUCAAUGGUAAGUAUUCAAAUUUGGUCAAUUGUCCACUGCGCUCGAGUACUGUACAGUACUCGUACUACAUUUGUGAGUUAUUUACUUCGCCACCGUAUCCCAGGACGCCGAAAUACGAGGGAUCUUAGUCUACCCAGCGUGGCCAGCAGUAAACGGAGCGAGCUAGGCAGUAGACCACCAGUAAAUCAGCCUACAGGUACUCUGCUCGAGUAGAACCUGUUGGUGGUUGCCAAGACCCCGCCACAGCACUCCUCCACCAGCGAGGACUUUUAAGAGCAGGAGUGUACAGUACAGUACUCGAGUAGGACAUAUGGUAAGACAGUGCUACUUGUACAGUACUCGUACACUGCACAAAUGCUUUCAGAGGGGAAAAGACAACUUCCUGGCUAAGGUCAUAAUACUUGUAUUAUUAUAGACGAUGUGAAGCAUCGGUAAUAUGGUGUCGGGGCAACCCCGCCAGUGACCAUCCGAGCCUCGAAGGGAAAAAGCGGGGCUUGAGUUAUCUACCGUACGACUCGUACAGGUGGCUUAGACCACCGCCUCCACGCGGCAAUGACUUGCUUCCAACGUCAUGACAGCGGGCCUUGCGCGGCGAAAUCCAAGCAAACAUUUCAACCCCACCAAAACCCCGAAAUCAUCUUCCACUCCGUGAGCCCCCGUUCCCCUUUCCCAUUUUCUUCCCACCGCUGCUUUAUAGCUAGUAGUGUCCUGUUUAUCUCCGCUUCUUUUAAUCUUUGGGCCCUUCGCUGUACAGAGUUGCUCCUCAGGAUCACUUCUAACCCCGAUAUCUCUUGGCUUGUCUUCAUGGCCGCUCUGGUUGAGGCUCUUAAGUCACUCUCGCCAACCAGCGUUGACUCGUUGCCACGUGAGGAUGACUUGGAAGGUUAUUUGGCCAACUCUCUUCGUGAUGCCAGAGUUCUUAUCUCUUCCUUGCCACCGAGCGAAGAAGGGGUUCCGACUGAACUCGGGGGAGUGGAGGAGUUGCGGAGGGAAUGGAGGCCCAUCAACUUGUCCGCGAAGGAGAACCCCUUGGGAAUCCAAGUGUUCAAAUUACAGUCCAGGGAUGGGAAGGGGGCUUGGUUUGCUCGGAGGAGUGUGCAUGCCGGGAUAGGAUUCAAGAGAUUUAGGGCAGGCCUCGAGAGAGAGUUUCAGCAGGGUGAUGGCAAAGGCGUUAGGGAAGAGAGAGGGAACGUAAGAGGUAUCGGGCGCGAGAGGCAAGUUGAGAGGAAACGGUGUAAACUUGGUCGGAUUGAGGUGAACUACUUGUCGGCACAAUUCCCCGGGCCUUCGGCUCCUAGAGAUUUUGUAACCGCAUGUCUGACAUCCUCCGCAAGCCCAGAAGAUCUAUCGCAGCAGAGCCAACCCUACGAUAGCCCCCCAACCAAGUCCCGGCAAUUCACGAUGGUAUCGCGUCCACUGACUGACCAUCCGGAGUGUGCCGAACGCCAGGGAUACGUGCGUGGACAAUACGAAUCGGUCGAAUUCAUCCGAGAGAUUCCCGCAGAACAGAAUCUACGCAUUAACCGUCGCGACGGGUCUGUUCUGCCCGUGGUGAAGCGGGUUUGGAGCGUACCAAACCUGUUGGAGGAUAAGGGGCGAGUUGACCACGGGGGAAGAAAACGGGGACAGACGAUCGCUUUCGCUGAUGGUGCUAAACCGGGAGAUCGCGAAGAAUACACACCCAGAGGCAGUAUAGAUAGCGCGAAUAUGCCGGUGGAAGACCCCGAAGAGAAACCCGUGGAAUGGAUUAUGAUCAGUCGUUCUGAUCCCGGUGGAAGUGUUCCCAGGUGGAUGGUAGAGCGCGGCACCCCCGGAUCUAUUCAAAUGACUAUCCAGAGGAGGAGGAAGCGAGGGAAGCCGAUGCUGGAGCCAGCCUGGGUGGAUCUGAUGAACUGA